AUGGCUCCUAUACGUCGUUAUCUACGCAUCAGCAAGCAUUCUGUUCUUGAGUGCCGUAUCUACCUGGACAGUCCUUCCGAUAACAGAUGGCUCCUUAACCACCGCGAUCCCAUGCUUCCCCGGGUCUUUGAGGCGAUCCGGCCUCUGGUCUUGCCGAAGCUGCGCGAGGAGAAUGAGCGACUAUGGGCGCGCAAGAAGAGCAAACCCGUCAAGGAUGUGAUUGCUGAGGAGGAAUUUGAGGUGGCCAUCUUCCUGCGCGAAUCCCGGACUCGCCAUUCACUUCUGACGCGACAUAAGACAUUUGAACAGCCCGGAAAGAAGGAAGACGCGUUGGCGGACGACAAACCUGGCCGGGGAUUGUCAGAGUCGACAACCGACACAUCCAAGCCGAUCGAUGUGGAGGUCAUUCCCGACAGUGACGAGGAGCCCGAGCUCGACCUACACGAUAUUCCUCGAGCUGAGGACGAGCCAGACAAAAGUGAUAUAUUGCCACGGAGGAAAAGGAGAAGAGUACAGGCGGAUUUGUCGGAGCCUGAAGAUAACAAAGACGAGAAAAAGCUUGGUUUUCAUACCCACUAUGAAAGCUUCAAUAUCUGUGGUUGGGUGUUGUGUCUACUCAUCACCCGUAAAGGUGAUAGAGCCCGGCCAAGUGCUACGAGUGAACCCAGGCAACCGCUCAUGGAGGAAUGGAUCUCAACCCAGGCCCAGACAGCUGCGGACGAGGAUUGA